AUGAAUGCAGCCUCGAUUUUUUCUCGCCUCUACGAGAUUCGGCGACGCUGCCUCCGUCACUGUCUCUUCCCGACUGGCGUUUCAGGCGUAAGAGGAUUAAGAAAUGUUAAUACUAGAGGCUUUAUCUCAAAUCUGAUCACGGCACUACACUUGCAGGUGACUUCACACAUCCGCAGCUAUUACCGGCCGGAGCACGACGCCACGGUCACCACCACGCCGCUGCCCUUCAUCCACAAGAAGAGACAGAGGCACUCCGCCCGGCCGCCCAAGCGACUCAAGAAGGAGCGCCCCGACGACCCAGCCGACGAGGACACGGACGAGGGCGACGAGGACGUCCUGUCGCAGAUCAGGAAGAGCUUAAACAUCGGGGACUAUGUGGCCGAGGAGAAGGGCGUGGGCGGCGGGGGGGGCGACUCGGCCAGAAGUCAGGUCACCGAGGAGGUCGAGGCGACGGGGCUGCACCCACACCUGCAGGAGGGGGCGGUCGGCCACAAGCAGCUCUUCCAUGUCGAUGCAGGUGGCAGCGCGAGCGAGGAAGCGUCCCCGGCGGUGGGCGGGCGCGGCGGCGGACCCAAGUCCUACUUAAGGGCGGGCAGCCGUCCGUCAAUCCUCCGGCCCCCCCACGCCCAGCCUAGUAGCGCCCACAUGCCAGGAACUAGUACUGUCCACGCCCACGGCAACGCCCCAGGCCACAGCCAAGGGAACGCCGCCCAUCCGCUUAGGAUCCUGAUCCAGCAGCUGUCGGAGGGCGCGCCCGGCGAGGCGGAGGACGACGGCGCCCGCCAGGUCAUCCUCAUCCUGCCGGACAAGUUCAGCGAGCAGACUGGGGACGUUGCAGCACUGCUGCCGUCCCUCGGCCUGGCGUCCUCGCCGUCCGACUGCGUCUCCAUCGUGACAGUGCAGCCGAAGGACGCCGCGGAGGAGGGCCACGCGCCGCCCGGCCAGCUUGGAGUGCUGUCCUCCGACCACUCGCUUUCUGGGGCCUCGCACGUCAAGGGCGGCCCCGAGGGCUGCCCCAACGGCGCCGUCCUCAUGCCCGCCGACCAGGUGGUAACGCUUGAAACUCAGAUGGUGCCGGACGCCACCAUCAUCGCGGGCGAGGGCGGCGUGGCCCCCGAGGGCGCCGGGCAGGUGGUGCUGUGCCCUCCUGCCGCGGACCCCGAGCAGGUGCUCAACCCGCUGCACAUGGUGGCCGAGGCCGCGGAGGCGCUGACGCAGAGCGACAUGCUCGCUGCGCAGGUGAUGGAGGCGCCGCACGCCGCCGCGCCGCCCGUCCGGCACCAGGCGCAGAUGCUCCCGACGGCUCUCUUCGAGCCCGGCGGCAGCAUCCAGCAACCCGGGGCCGGCCAGCUCCCAGGGACGUCGAGGAUGCUCCAGCAGGAACCCACGCUGGAGUUCGUGGACAACCGCGUCGUUGCAGCCGAGGGCGGGCAGAAGGGCGGAGCGAGCGACGCCCAGGCGGAGGAAAUCAUCUACUCCUUCACCCUGCCCUGAGCGCCCUGGCCGCGGCGGCUCCUCGCAGGCCUCGGCUUAGAUCGCUCGUGACGUGCAUCGUCGCGAAUAAAGGAUUAUCCCCACUUGCUGGUAUUGGAUAUCUACACCUGUUAAAAGAGAAAGAAAAAAAUAUUCUUGAAUUCUUGUGUGUACAUAUA